GUUGAGGAGGACAUCCCAGAGCAGAGCAGAGUCAGAGAUUGAUGCCUGAAAUUUUUCUUUUUCCCCUGUAGUUUGGCUAGAAUUAAGUAUAUGCACCGCAGUUUUAAGAGUAUUCAACAAGACGUCUUGAUGACAAGCACAUUCAGAUAUUCUUGAUAAUGCAUCUCACAGCCUGGAUGUAGCCCACAGUAUCGUCAGGUCCUUCUAAUUCAGUAGCAUAAACACAGAAGUUCCAGCAGACCAGUAUGACCUCGUAGUCUCCAUUAUUUCUAAAUGAUGCAACUUUUCUGAGAGGCAGGUUUUACUUUCCACAAGAUAGAUUCAAAGUCCUUGAAGAAUACAUUUCUUGAAAUACAUACUAUCUCCACCAUGGCAAGCAACAGUACAGAGGACAAUAACCAGAAGCCCAGCAAUGGGGAAUCAGCAUCGGCAGAGGAUCCAAGUAGCCAAGAGAGCUUGUUUGAGUGCAACAUAUGUCUUGAUACUGCCAAAGAUGCUGUUGUCAGUAGAUGUGGUCAUUUAUUCUGUUGGCCUUGUUUAUACCAGUGGCUUGAAACCAGACCAAACAGACAGGUAUGUCCAGUAUGCAAAGCAGGUAUUAGCAGAGAUAAGGUUAUUCCAUUAUACGGCAGGGGAAGUACAAAUCAAAAAGAUCCCAGAGAAAAGAUGCCACCCAGACCACAGGGAGAAAGACAUGAACCAGAGACACAAGGGCCAUUCCAGGGUUUUGGUUUUGGAGAUGGUGGUUUUCACAUGUCCUUUGGUAUCGGUGCCUUUCCUUUUGGUUUCUUUGCAUCAACAUUCAAUCUAGGUGAUGGCCGAGUAGGACAUCCACCUCGUCCACAAGUUCCUAGCAAUCCCGAAGAGCAGUUUUUAUCCAAAGUGUUCCUGUGGGUAGCAUUUCUCUUUGUAUUCUGGUUGCUAGUAGCCUGAUGCUGGUCAAGACCGAGUUAGAUCAAACUACUGCUUUUUUGCAACCAGGGCCCUGUUUCACCAAACAAUGUCAACUUCCACAAUCUGCUGUUAAAAGCUACUGAAAGUAGUCUGUUGAUUGGCCGAGAGCCAUUUGUCAUAUGGUAUUCUAGCAUUUUGUGAACUAUGAAACAGAGCCCUGGCGUUAAACAAGCCAAGCAUUCUUCAGGGAUUCAUGCGAUGGUUGAUGAUAAUCUAUUGGGACUUCAGUAGUAAAAUGUUUAUAUUUUCAAAAGUGAUUGGAUGGACAAUUGUGUAAGUGUUAAACUUGGUGCUUAAUUCUGCACUUUAUUCUGCAAAAAAAUGCACUAUUGUAGAGAUAGCUUCAACACCUUGUGACAUCAGUCUGAGCACCAACUUUGAAAAUCAUACUUUAAUUCACUGAUUGCAUCCAAAUGUUGAGGUUGCCCUUCAAGAACCUUGCUUAAUAGUACUGAAUAGUGUGCAGUGCUCUUUAGGAUCUGUCACACCGUUCCGCGCAAUCCUUGUGGAUGAGUUGUGGAUGGUUGCCCACAGCUCACCCUAUAAAAUGUUUUGAGCAUGUUCAAAACUUUUUUGCGUGCAAACCAGACUUGCGUGCGCUUGUGGACAAUUGCAUGUGAGAUAAAGAUACGUGCGAGGUACUGUCUAUGCGGAUAGAAAAAAGUCACUCACAAGUCACACGCAAGGCUUGCACGGAACAGUAUGACGGGGCCUUCACACAUGCUUUAAUGAGCAUUUAGAGAUUCUUUGUAAAGAUCACAUUCUCUUGUGCAUCAGUGGUAUAAAUAUCUUUGUAAUCCAAACCUGUGUACCUUUAGGAGAAUCCAUACAUGGAACCAGGAGGUUGGCACAGGGCAAGUGACCUCACUUUCCCCCAUUUUUCCUUCACUUUUCUCAGAAAUGCCCUUCUCUAUAAAUUUGUAAUCAUCUUUAUUCUAAAAAACAACUCCCGUUUGAAGGGCAUUUUCAAUGUGCCCAGUCAUUUGUGUAACCUGCAUUUCACCCCUGGAAGAACAAAACACACAAGGCCAUUUACACUACGAUCUUUGUAGAUUAUAUACAUUAAGAAAGUCAUUCUGACUUCCUGUAUGCAGGUUGAGAGCAAAAUGCAGGUCUCUGGCCUUAUUUUUACCAAUGGAAUUUUUUUUCAAACCACUUUUCCAGUCUCUCUCAAAAAAAAAAUUGAUUAAAAAGAGUAUUUAAUUACCAAGUUUACUCUCACCCUCCUGCACCAAAAGUAUAUGUACAGGUGUCACUGCCCAUGCACAAUUCAGUUACAAUGGCUCAAGUGACAAUUGCUUCGAUGGAAAUUCCACACCGUAAUGGGAGGACUAACUUCAACCCUGGAUUAGCACUAUUCCCUAUCCUAAACCUAAUAUAAACCCUAUGCAACCCCACAUCUUAGACACAAUAAGACCUGGAGCAAUUCUUGCAAGAGCUAUUUCGUGUCGCCCACUGUCCAGUCAGACAUUUGAAGGGCGCCCUCAAUCAUCAUGAUGAGAGUACAUCUGCCCUUUGGUGACAUAGCGAUUAGCAUGAACAACAGCACACACAGACCAUUACUCAGAUUUGAUUUUGAAAUCGAUAAAAGUCCCCUGAAGAUGCAUGUACCCGAUUCUAUUGAGGGCAGA